GGUGCACUUCCGCUGCCCGAGUCAACGAGGAAGUGUCCCCCGAAACCCGAGCCUUCUCUUUUUCUCAUGGGUGGCUUUUAGAUAUCGCAUCUUUCUUGUCGGAAGACUAGCGGCAUGGCGUUUUCGACGUUUCAGAAGGUGACGCUCGCGACGUGUCUCGUGCUGUGCGUGGCGCUGCUGCUGCCCCGGAUGCUGCUGUCCAGGGGCAGCAGGGAUGCUGCGGAGCGGCCGGACGGUUCAGGUCAUUUCCCACCGCUGGUCCACCGCCGGGUGGCCCCUGAGGGCCGGGGUCAGCGGGCGGCCGCCGCCGGCUUCUCCAGGGCCCACAACUCUGAGCCCGCCGCCAGGGCUAAAGGAGCGGGAACCGGGGCGGGAACCGGGGGCAAAUCCAACCUGGCGGGGCAGAUAAUCCCCGUGUACGGCUUUGGGAUCUUACUCUACAUCCUCUACAUACUCUUCAAGAUCACAUCUAAGGGCAACAGCAAGCCGGCAGAAGGCCGCUUUACCCCGGUCCGGUCGGAGAACAUGAAGAGAAAGAUCACCGACUUCGAGCUGGCGCAGCUGCACGACAGGCUGAGGGAGACGGAGCUGGUGAUGGAGGACAUCGUUUCCAAUGCCCACCACAGUCCUGACAGGGUGAGGGGGGUGACGGCUGACCAGGAGGAGAGCCUUCUGCAGCAGCUGACCGAGAUAACGCGGGUCAUGCAGGAGGGUCAGCUGGUGGAGGGGGUCCCCCCGGAGCCCAGGCUGCCGGAAGACUGGGAAGAUUAUCCGGAGGAGCCUGAGCCGUACUGGGAACGCCCCCAGUGCCAGUGCCAGCACGGUCCAGAGGAGGGGGGGGACGAAGGGAGCCAGGGAAACCAGGACCAGGGCAGCCCAGCCCGCCCGGGCCCUCCGGAGGACCCCCCCGCCGCCCCAGAGGACCUGGAGCUCACGCUGACGGUCAGGGGCGUGCUGGAGCAGGAGCCGGGGGAGCCCGGGCAGCCGGCCGGACCAGAGGCCUCAUCUGGACCGGUCAGGAGGAGGGGCAGGAGGAGGGGGGCAAAGAAGGCCGCGCGCUGAGCCCGAAACAGACGCUGGGACCUGGGCCCGCCUCACAGAGGAGGAUUCGGUCUUAAAGCUGCUCGCUUUAGCCUGAAACUGGAUCUCCAGCCUCCUUUAUCUUCACUUGAAACGACUGAGGAAGGCUCUGUAACACCAGCUCCUACGUGUUGUUUUAAAGCGCCAGUAAAAUGGAAACGAUCCCCCCUUAAUAACGUAACCCCUUAAUUCAUAUGAAGUGCUUCCAGUUCCGGUAAAUAUUCUAUGAUGGAGAUUUUUUUUUAAAUGCACUGAACCAGAAAUGCGGCAGAAACUUUGCAGUUUGGGAUCAGCCUGCUGGUUCAGCUCAGCUUUUCUUAUCUUUGUUAAACGCCUGAGGAAAUGUAGGACCUACCCAAAAACUGUGAUUAAAUUAAAUGCAUUUUUUCCA